CAUGGAAAUUUAUUGGUUUGCAAGUUUGUUGUUUACAGAUUUUUUACCAAAAACAUCAGUUUUAUUUAAAUGGCCAGUUUUUGUUGAUGAUAAUGGUUUAUUACGUUUCAAAAGAAGGAUAGAAAAUUGCCAAUUAUCAUUUAAUGAAAAAUUUCCAAUUAUUCUCAUCGACAAAACAAUUGUUAGAGAUAUGUUAAAAGAAAUUCACAUUAAUCUUUUCCAUGGUGGAAUUUUUCGAACGAUAGAAGAAAUUAAGAAAAAUUUUUAUAUUCCAAAGUUAUAUUUUUUGGUAAAAAAUUUAAUCGCACAUUGUCAAAAAUGUCAAAGAUUUAAGGGAAAGGCUUAUGGUUUUGAGUCACCACCAUUGCCUAAAGCAAGAAUGUUAAUACCAAAAAGAGCGUUUUGUAACAUCGGUAUCGACUUGUUCAUUAAUAGAGAAAUGAAAGAAAUGAAAAUCUUUUCUAUGAUUUUUGUUUGUGCAAACUCAAGAGCUGUCCAUCUUGAUGUUGUGCAAAAUAAAGGAAUAGAAUCUGUAUUCCAAUGCCUAACCAGAUUCAUAAGUUUAUAUGGUUUACCAGAAAAAAUUUGGUCCGACAACGAAAAAAGUUUUUCAACAAGCAAGAAAAUUCUAUUGAAAUUUAUUUUCGCCAAAAAGAAAGUACAACAAAAUUAUAAUGUAAAUUGGGAAUUUAAUCCACCAGCAGCACCAUGGUACGGUGGUUUUUAUGAGAGAUUAAUUCGUUCGGUAAAAGAAAGUUUAUCAGUUGUGGUGGUCAAGAAACAUUCUCAAGAAAGUUUCAGAACACUUUUGACGGAAAUCCAAGGAGUAAUAAAUGAUAGACCAUUAUUCAGAAGUUCAGAUGGUACAUUCGUUACACCAUACCAUUUGAUUUUCGGAAAUAAACGUUCGACAUUAUUUUCAUCAGUCAGUAUUGUCGAUUCUGAGCAUGAUAGAUUAUCAUUGUUGUACGAAAAACUAGUUGGGAAUAUCAGAGAAUUUUGGGAGACUUGGAGAAACAACUAUCUCACCGAAUUAAAAAAUUUCGGAUCAAAAAAUGGAAUCACGCCACGAAUUGGCGAUUUAGCUUUUUUAAAAAAUGAUCAAAGGCGUCAGGAUUGGCCGAUAGUCGAAAUUUUGGAGUUGAAUAAAACUGGUAAAACAGCAAAGAUUUUGGAUAUCUCCAACGGGAAAACUUAUUGUCGUUCAAUUCGUUGCUUGGUUCCGUUGGAGGGGGACAAUGUUAUAAAUUAAAUUAUUGAAUAAUUGCAUAUAUAAGCACAGUUAUGCUAAGUCAUAACACCAACUUUCUUAUAUUAUUAUUUUUUUUGAUUAUACUAUUAAAAUCUUUCUUUUAUUUGUGCUAAUCAUUCCCGUUUCAUAAUAGCGUGUUAAAGAAAUUUUACAAUUAUGCCAUGAUAAAAUGAAUCAUAUUGGUUGUUGGAAUUGUUGAAAGAAAGAUUGAAUUACUGAUUAAUGUCACUGUUGAGCGUAUUUGAUUAGUACGAUCAAUGGUGAACUAGUUCUAUAAAUUAAGCAUGUUUAGCAGUUAUUUAUAAUUAAUAAAAACCAUUUUAAAAGCCAAACUAUUGAAUCUUUAUAACUAUUGAAUCAUAUACUUCAAAGCCUCUUGCAUAUUCCAAUAUUGGUCAACACAAAUGUCUAGAUAUCGUAUUUUGUCGUUUUUAUUGGCCAAAAUGGCGUAAUGAUGUUAAACAAUGGAUUCGUAAAUGUGUCUGUAACGUUAAAAAAGAUAAUGAUCCUCAUCCUGCUAAUCAACCUAUGUCUGCAACUGAUAUUGUGAAUCUCAAUCCUUUUGAAAAAGUUGCAAUCGAUAUCAUGACAUUAUCAUCAUCUGAAUCGGGCAAUCGUUAUAUUUUUGUUCCAGUUGUGCGUUUAAAUUAUAUUUUUUUUAAAUUGUGAUCUAGUGAUUUUCUUAAACCGUCGUCUUUGAAACUUCAGUGAUUUGUUAAAAAAUAUAACCGUUUAUUGUAAAUAGAUAUAUCGUUAUUUUUGGGUAAAUAUUUUUACAUAUUAUUUCAGAUUUUAUAUUCUGCACAUCGUUUGCAAGAACAUGUUGCGUCACGACUGAACUUUUAACCUGUAACAAAAUUAAAAUUAAAAUUACCUUGAAUUAAUUUAUUA